AUGUCUGGAAUCGAAGACAUCCGCAAACUAUCAGAAGCGGAGCUUAAACAAGAUUUAAGGGAUGAAUCUUCUUGGCAUUACAGAUACAAGGACUCUUGCUACAUAUACAUUGGUGGUUUACAUAAAAAAUUGACUGAGGGAGAUAUAAUCAUCGUAUUUUCCCAGUUUGGAGAGCCAAUAGAUAUAAAUCUAGUCCGUGACUCCAAAACUGGUGAAUCCAAGGGAUUUUGCUUCCUUGGUUACCGCAACCAAAAAAGUACCAUUCUGGCCGUUGACAAUAUGAAUGGAUACAAGCUUCUUGAUAAAGUACUAAAAGUUGACCAUGUAUUGGAUUAUAAGGCACCUCUGAAGAAAGAUAGCAUGGGCAAUUUUGUAGAGGAUAAAUAUGAGGCCACCGGAGCGGAAGGGAAGGGGAUUGAUAACUAUUUUGUCACGAAAUCCGAGAGUAUUUUACAUAAAAGAUACCUUAAAAAUUGA